AUGUCUACCAAAGUCGGACCUGCCAACAGCAAGACCGACCAUGCAUUUGACAUCGUGAACUCCCAGAGCACCACAACCGCCCAAAGCAACACAGCAGCCUUUCACGAGAAGACUACUGCCCACACGGACAGUGAGAAAUUUGACACGGAGGCUGCACCAGAGCAAGAGCCCAGCUCACAGGAUGUAUACCGGACAGCAUCUACCGUGGCACCGUCUCAAAGGUCAGCCAGAAGAGACCCCGUUAGUCGAGUGACUACAGAUGCCGAAGGGAACACCUACCCGGAAGGAGGCCUCGAAGCCUGGUUGGUAGUUCUAGGCAGCUUCCUCGGUCUCUUCGGAUCGCUGGGCCUGGUCAACACCAUCGGCACCUUCCAAGCAUAUAUCCAAACCCAUCAACUGAAGGAAUACAGUUCAGGAGCCAACGGUUGGAUAUUUGGAAUGUUCGCAUUUCUAACUUUCUUUUGUGGAGUGCAAGUCGGGCCCAUCUUCGAUGCUCGAGGCCCCCGGCUUCUAGUCUUUGCGGGUUCCGUGUUUCAAAUGGCCAUGGUAAUCCUCCUCGGUUUCUGCACCGAAUAUUGGCACUUUAUGCUGGUCAUCGGUGUACUGGGUGGAGUGGGAGCAUCCCUCAUUUUCACGCCGGCGAUCUCGGCGAUCGGCCACUAUUUUUAUGAGAAACGUGGAGUCGCGACUGGCAUUGCUGCCACUGGUGGCUCUGUCGGAGGCAUUGUUUUUCCUCUCAUCCUACAAGACCUUUUCCCCAAGAUUGGCUGGGCCUGGGCCACUCGGGUUGUCGCAUUGAUCUGCCUAAUUGUGCUAUCAAUUGCAAAUCUCUUGAUUAGGUCUCGACUCCCACAAAAGCCCUUUUCCAAGGAGAACGUGCUUCCAGACUUCCGCAUCUUCCGAGACCCGCGAUUCGUACUUACAACCGCCAGCGUCUUCUUUAUUGAGUGGGGUCUUUUCGUGCCAAUCAGCUACAUUUCAUCCUACGCCCUCGACCAUGGUUUCUCCACCAAGUUCUCGUACCAGAUCAUUGCCAUCUUGAAUGCCGGCUCAUUCUUCGGCCGAUGGCUUCCCGGCUUCUUUGCCGAUUUCCUUGGUCGGUUUAACACUUUGAUCGCGACCGUAGCGCUCUGCGUGCUCUGUAACGCCUGCCUGUGGCUUCCUGCUGGAAAUAGUCUGCCUCUGCUGAUCGUUUAUGCCGCUCUCUUUGGAUUCUCAAGCGGCAGCAAUAUUAGCCUGACGCCAGUCUGUGUCGGGCAACUCUGCAAAACCGAAAACUAUGGCCGGUAUUACGCAACUGCCUAUACCAUAGUGAGCUUCGGCACUCUCACCGGAAUCCCCAUUGCGGGUGAGAUCCUAGCACGCUGCAAUGGGUCCUACUGGGGCCUUAUUACUUUUACUGUCUGCUGCUAUGCGGCUGGUCUUGCAUGCUGUACCGCCGUAAAGGUCAUCCAAGUUGGCUGGCGUCACCCUCUUGCGAUCUAUUAA